AUGAAUCCUGUGAGUCUAGAAGCGACCGGUUCUUCUCUGUUUGUGAGACGUCGAAUUAUCCCACUUGGACUUCGUGAGCCCGUAGAAAAGGUGUUAGACGAAAUGGUCAACGAGGGAGUUCUGAGGCCAGUGAAUUCUUGGGCCACGCCAAUUGUUACUCCACUAAAACGUGACGGGAAAACUCCUAGAAUAUGUGGAGACUAUCGAGUUACUGUGAACAGACAACUGAAACAAUCCAGUUGUGCGAUCGUCGAACCAGAAGACAUUCUGCACCAACUUCACGGAUCAAAGUUUUACUCUAAUCUAGACUUAAAAGAUGCAUUCCUUCAAAUUUCCCAUGAUGAAAAGUCCCGUUAA